AUGGAUAACGUGACUGCGAGCGAGGUGGCGGGGAUGGCGGUGGGAGCUCUGCUUCUCGCCGCCACCGUCGCCGCUCCCAGAGUGGACGCAUUCAUCUCUGCUUCCCAACGGAGGUACUUCUCUCUCCCCCCUCCUCCCUUCCUGAUAAUCCUAGGGUUCCAGUGCUUCUUCUCUCUUUCUCUCUCUCUCUCUCUCUCUCUUAAGGGGAAGCAGAACUGCGGCGGCCUCUCUGAGAAUUGGGGCUUGGGAAUUUCAUGUGCUUUCCUUCCCUCCUUCCUUCAUCUGCACUGCUUCAAUUCGUUCGAGCGUCGUCGUGUUCGCAGGUCUCUUCGUAUGUGCUCGAGAUGCGGCGACCUCAGAGUGAUACCCUGCUCGAAAUGCGGCGGCGCCGGCGUCGUCAGCGGCGGAGGGCUGCUCUUCGGCCUCCCAUUUCUGCCGAAUCCAUCGGACGAACGGAGCGCCACCGCGGCGCGGCCGCCCUGCCCGGAGUGCCGAUCUAAGGGCCGUAUCCCAUGCCCUCUCUGCUCCGGCAAGCUCCCCUCAUCUUCUUCCCCCCUCCCCUGA